GCCCAGGCUCCUAUCUCAUCUCCCAGACGCCACGUCUCUUGGUUUCUUCUUAGAUCACUCCUCUGCCGAAGAUCCCAACAAGACAACAUGGCUCCCAAGAAGCCUGAGCCUAAGAAGGAGGUGGCCAAGCCAGCUCCAGCUCCAGCCCCUGCACCAGCCCCUGCCCCAGCUCCUGAGGCUCCCAGGGAACCUGCCUUUGACCCCAAGAGUGUAAAGAUAGACUUCACUGCUGACCAGAUUGAAGGUAAGUGUGGACAACCCCACCUCUCCGUCUCUAUUGCAUUUUCCUGGAGGACGAGGAGAAGAAGGAGGAGGAGGAAGAAGAGGAGGAGUAGUUGUUGUCCUCAUGAGUUCAAAGAGGCCUUUUCAUUGUUUGAUCGGACCCCAACUGGAGAGAUGAAGAUCACCUACGGCCAGUGUGGGGAUGUACUGCGGGCCCUGGGUCAGAACCCUACCAACGCCGAGGUGCUGCGCGUGCUGGGCAAGCCCAAGCCUGAAGAGAUGAAUGUCAAGAUGCUGGACUUUGAGACGUUCUUGCCCAUCCUGCAGCACAUCUCCCGCAACAAGGAGCAGGGCACCUAUGAGGACUUUGUGGAGGGCCUGCGUGUCUUUGACAAGGAGAGCAAUGGCACGGUCAUGGGUGCCGAGCUUCGGCACGUCCUUGCCACCCUGGGAGAGAAGAUGACUGAGGCUGAAGUGGAGCAGCUCUUAGCUGGGCAAGAGGAUGCCAAUGGCUGCAUCAAUUAUGAAGCCUUUGUCAAGCACAUCAUGUCGGGGUGAAGCAGAGUCUUCCAGGUGCCUGGCCCUUGGCCUUAGCCAUACCAGGGUGAGUUAGAGAGAGGCCCCGGAUGGUUGAGCUGAGAUGGAGUCCUCGACUUAUCACCACGCCGCUGCCCCAAGGACCUUACAGACCCUCCCUGUUAAUAAACUGCUCCAAUACGGUCAGGCUGGGCUCUGGGAUUAUGACCAGUCUCUGUUUUGUUUGUUUUUUAAAAAACUAAUUAACAGAUUGA